CGCAUAGGAGCCGUUCCCAAACUCUAUACUAGUUCAGCUAGAAAAUAGAAACUAGAAACUAGAAACUGAAGAGUCUGAAUCGAAGGAGAAAGAAGUGAAGGAAGAAGAUGACCGAGGCAGUGAUAAGGAAGAAAGCCGGAAUGGCUAGCGUCAAGGACAUGCCUGUGCUGCAGGACGGACCGCCUCCGGGAGGGUUUGCACCGGUCCGAUUCGCCCGACGGAUCCCCAACAAGGGCCCCAGUGCUGUUGCCAUCUUCCUUGGUGCUUUUGGCGUUUUCUCUUGGGGGAUGUACCAGGUCGGCCAAGGCAACAAGAUCCGUAGGGAAAUUAAGGAGGAAAAAUAUGCUGCUCGCCGGGCUAUUUUGCCCAUGCUUCAAGCUGAAGAGGAUGAAAGAUUUGUCAAAGAAUGGAAGAAAUAUCUCGAGGAAGAAGCCCGAAUAAUGAAGGAUGUACCUGGUUGGAAAGUUGGUGAAAAUGUCUACCACUCUGGAAGAUGGAUGCCUCCUGCAACUGGGGAGCUCCGUCCUGAUGUCUGGUAAGGUGUCUGCUGUUCUAGCUGUCAAGAGCAGUUUCCAUGAGCUUGUCUCCCCACAGUGACAAUAAAACUGUAUCGGACCUAUCCUGUUUACAUGGAUUGAAGUGUUGCAACAAUUCUUGUUGGAUUUUACCCUUUUUUGGCUUAUGCCAAACCAAUAUUCAGUGUGGAUAGCAACCUAUAUGCCGUUAAAAGAACUUUGAAAUGUCUGAAAUAUAAUGCUGGAUGGCCGAUUUGAUGCCCCUCCUUGAAUUUCUGGCAAAGUAUGGAAGAUUCUGAUUUGAUGACUGUUGUGAACUCACAAAUAAAGUCAAUCACACAAACUGUACAAGGUGUUCAUUAGAUAUGUUUAUAAUUGAAUGAUUUGUUAAAACUUUGAGGAAUGUUUUGGAUGCAG